UUCAACAGCCAAAUACCUGAACUGUGACUCUGUCAUUCCCACGCUCAAAAGUGUAUUAAAAUCACACAAAAGUAUAAUUUCAGUCCAAUAAUUGGGCUUUAAAUUUACACUACUCAUGUCAGGAGAAAGUUGGUAAACUUUUAGAUGCUGUGCCUGGAGUUUCUGAUAUUUCAUUGACGUUGUAACAGUGUAUCCAAACUUCAAUGGAGCAGCAGCAGCGCGAAGCGGAACAUGGAACAGCACCUGUGCCUGCACUACCGGGCGGGCUUGACGCUGUGUAUACGGCAUGUCGGCGCCUUUAUGUUGAUCAGCCAAAUCCAUUACAAGUGACCGCCGUACUGAAAUACUGGUUGAAUGGACCAGAUCCAUUAGACUUCAUCAGCAUGUACAGUAAUCCAGGAGAGCCUGGUCAUGGGAUCCCGCCCCAUUGGCACUACGUCAGUUUUGGUCUCUCGGAUCUGUUCGGUGAUGGACGAGUUCAUGAAAUUCCUACUGGUCCUAAUGGGCCCAGUGGCUUUGGUUUUGAGCUCACGUUCAGACUGAAGAAAGAGCCCACCGAAACAGCGCCCCCUACUUGGCCAGCAGAGCUCAUGCAGGGGCUGGCAAGAUACGUCUUCCAAUCUGGUAAUACCCUAUGUAAUGGAGACCAUGUGUCUUGGCACAGUCCAUUAGAUAACAGUGAGUCUCGUAUUCAGCAUAUGCUAAUGGCAGAUGAUUCCCAGCUACCUACCAUCACCACACCACAUGGAACAGUCAGUUUUGUUCAGAUUGUAGGAGUAUGUUCUGAAGAACUUCAAGCCUCACAGAGGUGGAAUGGUCUUGGCAUGCUGGACCUACUCAAAUCAAUGGAAGUUGCUGGUGGAUCGUGGCUUGUCACAGACAUGAGAAGAGGUGAAACUAUCUUUGAGGUCAACCCCUUACUCAUGGAGGAAGUGGAGAGAGGGAUCGACACGGAGGGGUCAAACCUUAGCGGUGUUUGCGCAAGGUGUUCCUGGGACCCCGUUGGUGACUGGACGGACGAGACGGACACACCUAGGAUAUCACAAAUAGAAACCGAACAGAUCAGACAAGCUUUGACCAGAGGCCUAUCCAACGACAAGCCUAUCCUGCCACCUAUCUCUGGCAAACAGGGGGAGGAGGACACCAGCCAAGGCUUGAACCGCCGACCUUCCACCGAGAGUGAGACUGACACGCGGAGCUCCAUCUUUGAGCUGGGUAACUCAAGGUACCUGGAUGGUGUGAGCAUCAAGCUCAAUCUGGAAGCUGCUGCUCUCCUAUCAUUAGCAGUUAGAGGGCGUCUUACCCAUGGCCGUCACUUCACCUUUAAGAACGUAGCCAAUGACUGUGCAAUCACUCUGGUCUCACCCAGCGUCGAGGGUUCCUUUGUCGAAGAGAAUCAUCCUUUUGUAGCCAAGGGACCAUGGCUGCAGCUCCUCAUCAGAUCAGACUUUGCAGAGACCAUGGCCAAUGAUCUAGAGUUCUUACAAUCAACAGAAAAUUUGGAACUUCCCAAGGUUAUCGACUGGAGGGACAACAAACUAACCUUGACCAUCACACCAGACGAGACGUAGUGACCGGUGUGGAGUGACCAGUCAACUGGUCAAAGCCUUCCGUUGUGUGCUCCAUAAAUCCUGAAUUGAAAUUCUGUCGCAGGAGAAGAUAUAUAUAUAUAUAUAUAUAUAUCAUCAUGUAAGAUUCCUUGUCUGUGAAUACAUAGCUUUAAAUAUAGAUUUCUAAUAGAGUAGUCUGUGAGAAUAUGAAGAUUCAAUGUAAUUUUCUUUGUCUUUUCUUAUUGUUGUAUUCAUUCUAGAAUAUAUUGCCUUUUAGUAUCAUUGUAUGUAAACCCCAAAAAUGACAUUUUGUAAUGAAAUUUCAUAUUUCCAUUAAGAUGUUUGUUUUCAAUCAUGUAAAUUUGAAGAGUACCUUAAUAGAAUCUAGAAACAUGAUUUUGUUUUCAUAUAUACAGCAGGCAUGAUCCUGUUCUAUAAUGGAGAAUCAAUUAUAAUGUCCCCAAUCGUCUACCUAUUUAUACCUAUAGAAUAGCAGGUAGAGGUUGAUUUUAUUCAUUCUAACUACAUGUACAGGUUUGUAUACCAUACACAUGUUAUUUUUUUCAGGAGAUUGGUACACUUUGAUAUUUGUUUGUGACAUGUAAAAAUCGAAUCAAAUUCUUGCUCUUCAUCAUAAUUAAUGUACUAAGUUAUUAGUAUUUUAUGUUUUCACAAGUGUAGUAUUUUAUCUGCAAUUUGGAUGCACAUUGCACAUGUUUGUUAUCAUCCCUUUUCACUCUUUUUAUGAAAUAAUUAAAUUUGAAAUAUAGUGCUUCCACGUUCCGUCACCUUGAUUUUAACGUAUUUGCCGUUUUUCAAUCUUUUUCACUUAUGGAUUUUUAUGAAACUGUGAGAACAAUCAUGGAUUGAGAUUAUGUUUUAGAUAUGUAUGCUAUGCCUAUGGGUUAUUGAUUGUAGCAUUUAAAACCUGGUAUUACCAAACAUAUUCAUUAUUUAUGCACCUUUAAUUUGGGACUAUAUUUUAUUCAGACUUCCAAUCAAGUAGAGGUUAAUAAUAUUGAUAUCCCUUGAUGUAUAUAAAUAUGUAAAGAAUAGCAAAUGA